AUGGGACAGACGCUGUCUCAGCCGAUAGUCAAGAAGGAGUCCGACGAAGGCGAAGAUGAGUGCGUGGUGUACGGCCUCUCCGCGAUGCAGGGAUGGAGAAUCGCCAUGGAAGACGCCCAUGCUGCCGUGCUAGACCUCCAGGCCAAAUACACAGACCUCGACAGGAACAGCAGCAGCAGCAGCAGCAGCCACGGAGCAGGUGGCCCGACGCCGGCGGACAAGCGGUUGUCCUUCUUUGGCGUGUACGAUGGCCAUGGCGGGGAGCAGAUGGCCCUGUAUGCGGGCGAGAACGUCCACCGCAUCGUGGCCCGGCAGGAGUCGUUUGCCAGGGGGGACAUCGAGCAGGCUCUACGGGACGGCUUUCUCGCUACUGACCGGGCCAUCUUGGAGGGUCUGUCUUUUUCUUUCACUCUGACACACACACUCUCUCUCUCUCCUUACUACUUUACUUGGUAUGCUGACGCUUUAUAG